CAUAUAGUGGAGGAGAUAUCCCCCUUUGUUCCACUCUCUUGCUUCUCUGUCCGGCAAGCACCGCUCCAACCUUUCAAUUAAAUCAUUCAACCUUCCUUUCAACGAGAUGGCCAAAAAGAGGAAAUCGGUGGAGAAUCGUCUCGAUGAAGUCGAUCGCACCAUGUACUCCACCUUCUGCACCACCGCAAAUUCCCUCUCUCAUCUCUAUACCCACGCCAUGAAUCAACAAAAACUCUCCUUUCAAGCCGGUGAACGCCACGCUCUCGAGAAAAUGUAUCAGUGGAUUCUUAGACAACAACAAGAAGGAAUGAGGGUGACUACAAUUGAUAUAGUUUCUCACUUGCAGAAUGAGCUUGAAUAUGGAACAGAGGAGUCACCGGUGUCCCCAAGGCAGUCAAUUCAACAGAACUCUCAGAGUGCAAUUCAAACUAAUUUUGGUGCAUCCAUACAGUCUAAUGCAUUUGGAAGUACUGUUGCAGGACACGCAAUGCGCGCUGGGCCAACUGACCAAGCAAAGAACUCUGUAUUCUCAAAUGCACUCUCUAGCCCCAUUCGUCGCAGCCUUCAGCCAUAUCAUUUAGCACAGGGGAGCAGUCCGUCGAGUAAUCUCAUGUCAUCCGGGAAUGGAACCCGGAACAAUGAAAUGACUUAUCCUAGUGGCCAGAACAGGGAUUCGAAUUCGUCAAACUCCAGUGAUUGCAUGGACAUGCAUGCAGACAGUCCUGGUCAUGAUUUUCCAUACUGAUGUGAUCAUAGUUAGAGUGGGUAACAGUAAGGGGGUCAUUUGUGAAGUUUAUGUUCAUAAAUGUUUGGUGAAAAUUUAUAAGAUUAUUAUGGACAGACUUCAAUGUGUUUGGAUACCAUUGUUUUAGAAGUUAUGAAAAAAAUGCUGGUCAUUCAUUACAUAAGCCUACAGUCGUACUACUAAUGGGUGAUAUUUGCUUUUGGGUUUUGCGAGGUUUAGGUCUUAAACUGCUGAAAAGUUAUUCUAAUAUCAAUGCUUGUAUGUACAAUAUGAUUGUAAUGAUUUAAAGUUAAUACAUGAAGGUAGUUUGGAUAUCA